AUGUCGUCUCGCCUUCUUCAGCUUUUCCUCGUUUUCGCCCUAACCUCAUCAUGCGCAGCCGCCAACGGUGUUGUCGAAUGCGAUAAUCUGGAAACCAAGGAAAUAAUGGGGGCUCAGGAAACAAUGGAGGAAACAAUGGAGGAAGCGGAGGAAACAACAAUGGUGGAAAUGGAGGGUCGGGGAAUAACGGAGGAGGAAACAAUGAUGGGAAGCGAUCUCGAAUCAAUUUCAACAUUUCUUAUGAUCAUUUUCAAGGUUCCGGUGGAAACAAUGGAGGAUCAGGAAAUUCUGGAAACAAUGGAGGAAACAAUGGCGGAUCUGGAAAUGGUAAUGGAAACAACGGAGGUAUUGUAA